AUGACCGUCCGCCUACGGCUCUCGAUGCACGGUCCAAAGCACAGCAAAAUAUUCCAUCUCGUUGCAGUCGACCAACGCAAGCGUCGAGACGCCAAGCCAAUCGAGCUGCUCGGUGUGUACAACCCGCGCGUGCUGGCCGAGUCGGGGGAGAAGAAGAUGGAGUGGGCGGUACAGAGGAUAAAGUACUGGCUCGACCAAGGCGGGGCUCAACCCUCUAAGCCUGUUGUACGGUUGCUAGAGAGGGGAGGAAUCAUCCCACCAGACUCCAAGUACCACAGGUCAAAGACUCUAUCCUCUGCUGCUCCACCACCACCGCAAACCGCUGCACCAGAAGCGCCCAAGCUGCCCGCUGUCAACGCCAGCCAGCCGACCAUCUCGCAUUAUAGCCCCGUAUUUGAGGCCACGUUCGCACAAAAUGCUCAUUCCGCACACGCAGCUUAG